AUGCCUUCCCUGAGAAGCAGGAAAUCACCAAAACAGGAUGCCAUUGAACAUGCUUUAAUGGGUCUGGAUAAGACUCUCGAGUUGGAGAAGAAGUACAUCAGUUCUUUUAAAGGUCGAGGAGUAUUUACCAAAGCCCCUUUCAGGAAAGAAGAUUUUGUGGUGGAGUACAGAGGAGAAUUAAUAGAUUGGGAUGAAUCCCAAAAGAGAAAGAUGGACUAUGGAACAGGAAGAGUCUUUGUCUUUGAUUUCCGCUGGCAAGAAAAAACUUGGUGCAUUGAUGCUGCCAAAGAAGAUGACAGUCUCGGAAGACUGGUCAAUGAUGACCACAAGCACCCAAAUUGUAAAAUGAAGAUGAUUGUGACAGAGGGCAAGCCUCACCUGUGUUUAUUUGCACAAAGAGACCUUGACAUUGGUGAAGAGAUAACUUAUGACUAUGGACCAGCGGACUGGCCUUGGAGGAAAAAGGACAAAGGACAAUCGACUGUGACGAAAACUGCUGAGAGUGAAAUUUCCAGGACCAGAGAGCAGCCUCCACAAUCUAAAGACUCGGAUAUGGAGGUGGGAAAUGAAAUUGACGGUAAUGGAGAGCUUCUUUAUUCCACCUCAGAGGACAGUGGAGAUGAAUAUAUUCCAGGCACAAGUGAGGAAUCAGAUGAGAGUGAAGGUGACAAUAGGCAGACUGACAUCAUUCCUCGGGGAGGAGAGGUCGCCAUGGAGACGGACCCCCCACCAAGCAGUCGAGAUCACUUAAUUAUUCAGGAGCGGCAUCAGCGGGGAAUCAAGUGGAACCGUUCAAACCAUUAA